UUACAAAGCAGAUGCUUAAGAAUUCUACUCCAUUCCAAAGCUUUGAACUGGUCUAUCGGUUAUACUUUCACGCCAGGCGCAACAACUUGCGUCACUCGUUGAUCUCUCGACCCUUCACGAUAUUCAUUCAUCCAGAUAUAUUCAUAUUCAUAUUCAACAACAUAGCGUUGUUGUGCUGCACAUAUAAAUAAACAACAUGUCUAUGGAGUCAGCAUUAGAUGAGGAGCGGCGCGAGAUAAUGGCCCUACUCGAAGGACGUCCUGCUCCGACGCCUCAGCGAGCUCGCGGUACAAGCUCCCCAAGACGCUCAGAGAGUCCCACAGCAGCAGCUACCAAAUCGCCCGUCAGAAGUAUGCUAGAUGUCGGUUCCACAUCAGCCGUACGCAGACUACCACCCCGAAGUAUGCUCGAUAUAGCUGAGGCCCCGGCAAAGAAACCUACCAGAAGUAUGUUAGAUGUAGGAGAAGCUCCGUCUACAAGAAGUAUGCCGGAAGCAGGUGAUGUCCCAACGAGUAAAUUCAUACGGGCCACAAGCGACAAAUCCGAAGCUUUCGUUAGCAAGCCGACACGGAGCAUGCUGGAUAUAGGCGAAGUCCCAGUGAAGAAGCCAAGGCAUGUAUCGGUGGCUGGGGCUUCAAGUGCCGGGAUGAGAAGCCCAGGGCUGAGUUCUGGACACUCAUCUACUCCUGGACAGCCAGUCAACCCGGAGCAAGCCUACCAAUUCGAUCCGCUACCUAGCGUUGAGGCGCACGCUCUACCGAAGUACGUGAGUCAAGGUGGAAGGAAGAAGGACAGGCCACUUGGGUUGACACCUGGUCUACCGCCGCGAGAUACUGGGCGGCACCAUUCCACAUCAGGGCUCUUCGGCAAACGUCAAUCGAAGUCGCCUUCGACACGUUUUCAUGCUGGUCGAUCUCAAUCACCUGGUGGAACUAUGUUAUCAAAUUCCUCGAGAAAAUUAGUAUCAGAUUCAGGCAAAGUGCUUGACAUGGAUAAUGCGUAUCGCAAACUUUCGGAUGCGGCGCUGCUACGUUCUGGAGGAACUUUGUCAAGCUUAGCGAAUCGAAAAGCUUCGGCGAGCUCGUCACAAGCAGAUAGCACUGAAGGAGUACGAUUAGAAAAGGACUAUUUUGGUGAUGACGAUGAAGACGUUGUGGAAAGUAGCGAUGAUAAUGAUUCUGAUGCAAGUUCCGGGACUGAGCACUGGGGUUCGGAAAAGCCACGAGGCAGGCGACGGCACAAGGAGCAUACUUCGCUCGCGCCUGGUGACGAGGCGAAGGCUAAAGAUGGGAGCGCUAGAACUCCACAGAGUCUCCUAGCUGCUGCAGAAGACGAGCGGAAGGAGCUAACAGCUACCCACAAAUACCGCUCAUUGAUAGAACCGGCUGUUACCGUGACUGGUCCAGAUGGUGAUAAGAUGACAACUAUGAAGAAAUCUGGGGUUCAUCCCAACACCAGCUUCGAUCAAGGCGGUUCUGGAGUAUCGACACCAAUGAAUUCGGAUUAUGAGGCUGAAAUCUCGGAGAUAAAGCGAGCACAAAGAAUGGCUAUGACGAUCUCACCAAUACAUUCAACUCCUGAAGCUCACAGAUGCGUUCGCCAAGUGGUUCGCGGCGAAUACAUGAGUUUUCAAACCGAGGCCGAACAAGGACUUCGGAGGCAGCGAGUGUACCUUGUCGCGACUGAUCUUAGUGAAGAAGCAGCGUACGCAUUGGAAUGGACAAUAGGAACAGUUCUUCGGGAUGGUGAUACCCUUUUGGCUGUUUAUGCUGUUGACGAAGAGAUUGGGACAGGAGCCGAGUCUGCUUUGGGCAACGGUGUUACUGCGGCGGACGAAGCAUAUUCUUUAAACAAGACACUUUCAAAUUCGCCCCCUAACAGUCCUACAGACGAAACCACUCAAUAUGUGUCUGCUGAAGUCGAUCGACCGCCAGAUCUAGCGAGUAUGGAGAAAGCAGAACGGGAGCGAUGGACAGCCACAAUGGAGGUCUCCGACCGGUGCGUAAAGCUUCUUCGGAAGACGAAGCUACAAGUCCGGGUCGUGGUUGAAGUCUUCCACUGUAAGAGUCCUAAGCAUAUGCUUACGGAAGUUAUUGACUAUCUGGAACCAACGCUGGUCAUCCUGGGCUCACGCGGACGUAGUGCACUUAAAGGUGUUCUCCUCGGCUCUUUCAGUAAUUAUCUGGUCACUAAAUCCUCCGUUCCCGUAAUGGUCGCGAGGAAGCGUUUGCGGAAGCAUAGCAAGUACAAGCGUAAUAAUCUCCGAUUAUCGAACGUCAUUUCGACACGUAGAUUAGAGAGCGCGAAGAUAGAUUAGUUGGGAAUCACAAUCUUUCUCAUCGCUCUCCUGGUAUACAUGUAGUCCGCAGGCAUCUUGGUAUAACCGGGCAGGUACAUUUGUUCUAGCCUAGACCCAUAUGUUGGUACUUCCAUACAUUGACACAUUCCUUUGUUGAUCAAAAAGACUAAACGAGUAUUAUUACAUGCUUCAUUUUAAGUGACAUAUUGUAUCUGCCAAGGCGGCCAAAACAGGUACCUGUGUAUCUCGCAUCCAAGUUCGUGUGCAGGGCCGGCGCACACUUCUUGCAUGAUAUACACGUGGACGUUGUGGCGUAGUCUGUGACUAAG